AUACGUGGUCUUGAUUUUUUUCCUCUUUUUUCUAGCAGUUACUGCUCCCUUAGGACUGUGACUAUGGUGUUUAAAAUUUCCUUACCCUCUUUUUUCCUCUUUUUUCUAGCAGUUACUGCUCCCUUAAGGAAAUUUUAGAGGAAUGAUUGUGUAGAUUAAGUGGGCGCGGUCCAUGACGGUCCGUGAUAUCACCGGAGCCUAUCACAGACCGCUCUUGUUUAAACGGUUCGGUAUUGAUACGGUUUUGAUAAUUGCCAAAUCGCCGUGGAUAUGAAGAGUUUCGUUGAAUAACUAAAAGCGUGAAAUGAAGAGGUCUGCUGCUUCUUCUUCUUCUUCUUCAUCUUCUUCCUCCUAUAUUGUUUCCGGCAAUGAGACUGGACUUCUGCCCAAACCCAUUCCUAGUCCUUCCGAACCGGUGCCUAAACGUGUAAGAACAAAGAGAAACAGAAUCCCCAGCGCUGAUUCCCCGACAGGUGGGCCAGCCAUGAGAAGCUCCAUUUACAGGGGGGUCACGAGGCAUAGAUGGAGUGGGAGAUUUGAAGCUCACUUAUGGGACAGGACUCUCUGGAAUAGCACUCUGAACAAGAAAGGAAGACAAAGUGCAUAUGAUUGCGAAGAGGAUGCUGCCAGGACUUAUGAUCUAGCUGCUCUUAAGUACUGGGGGCCCGGCACCACUCUUAAUUUUCCGAUCGAGACAUAUGCCAAAGAGCUUGAAGAAAUGCAGAACUUGUCAAAGGAGGAGUUCUUGGCCUCACUUCGGCGUAAAAGUAGUGGUUUUUCUAGAGGUGUUUCCAAGUACCGCGGUGUGGCAAGGCACCAUCACAAUGGUCGUUGGGAGGCACGAAUUGGACGACUCUCAGGGAAUAAGUAUCUUUACUUGGGAACUUUCAGCACUCAAGAGGAAGCAGCUGUGGCAUAUGACAUUGCAGCAAUCGAACAGAAAGGUGCGAAUGCAGUUACGAAUUUCGACAUCAGCAACUAUGCAGAUAAGCUGAAGGAGAUCCGAGAGCAGAACCAGAUAAAACAGCAUUCCCCUUCUAGUAAGCUCGGCAAUGAAAGGCAGGGAGAAGUACAGGAGCAGCAGCAGGGGGAUCAGUGCUUGGUGCAGCAAGAAACAAUGCCAAACUUGGAGUCUUCAAUGGUCGUUGGUCCGCGCGUGGAUCAUCAGGAAGAAGCAGGGUUCUGGGACUUCUGCACGGAUUCUGGGUUCGACUCGUUUUCUAUUUCUGAUCUUCUUAUGGAAGAAGAAGGGGAGGAGGACAAGGAGGGGAGAGCUUCUUCUUACCUGCUUGAUUUUUUCAAUGAUUCCAGCAGCUCCCAGAACAACCUGGAUUUCCUCUUCUGAGUGGUCAUCCACUUCAAAUGUGGUGAUCACUGUCUCUGGUGCUUUUGUUCCUAUAUAUGAUGAUUUUGAGGCUUCCUGCUUUUGUUGAGGAUUAUAAAUUUUGCAAACUUGUCAUUUUGUAUAACUAAAUAGAAAAAAAAUCAUACAUAGUAUAAAGACUUUUAAAUGCU